AUGGCGGCAGCGGUGGCAGACGACGUCGGAGCAUCGAGCCCCGACGGUGAUGUCAUCGACAGCGUGCCGCUGCACCUGCAACCGGCGUUCGACCACCCGAAGCUCAUUCAUUUUUCGACGUUUCUUGAUCGUGUUUGUGAUUGUGUGCGCGUGCAGGUUGAGCCGGAGCCAGAGGAGAGGCCCAAGGUCGGUGGCGCGGCGGCGGCGCAUGGGGAGGCGGCGGAGGAGGAGGUCGUGUUCCCGAUGGCGUGGACGGACGACGACGAGUUGUGCCCGGAGGGGACGGUGCCGGUGCGGCAGACGACGAAGCGCGACGUGCUGAGGUCCAGCUCCUCUCCCUGUUUGGGGAUGAAGCAGCCUCGUGCCGGCGUGCCGCUGGUGUCGUCCGCGUGAGGAAGAAGAUGGGAUGGGGGGGCUACUGACAGGUGGGGCCCAUAAGCUGACUCAGCAAGUCAAUGGAGGGGCCACCGUCACGUAAGUGCCACGUAGGACAAAACCGCCUCCGAAACCAUCGAGGGAGGUGAUUUGCUCUGGUUUUUAGAGAAGAUGGAGGCAUUAU